CGCCAAAGGUUCGAGAAAUUAUUGUGAACGCUAAACAUAGAAUAGAAGUGGGAAAAGGAUUGACUUAUCACUCAAACCCACAACGUUAUCAGAAAAAGCACAUCGUUCGAUAAAAAACCGGCCUGAUAUAGAAACAGGAUGGACCGGGUCACCUUUUGUUCUCAUCGUCAGUUGGGGAUCUUUUCCUGUGCACCGCCCUCCGCCGUGACUCUCAGCCGCCUCCUGAUAUCGGAGUUGCCUCCGGCAGUAACUGAGGCGAAUUAGAGAAAAUGGCAAAGCCGCCUCAAGUUUUCUUCCUCGAGGAGUGGUUGAGGAGCAUUAUCAAUAAGAACGGCUCAGCACAUCCGUCUUCUCAUUCAUCUGCUCAAGCCAUAAUCCAAGCUUGGGCUGACCUUAGAGACUCAAGUCAACAUCGGACCUUUGAUACCCGUCACCUCCAAGCUUUGAAGACUCUUGUCGGCUCUCAAUCCGUUCUUUACGUUGCAGACCCACAAGCAAAGCUUAUAACUUCUAUUUUGUCUUUAUCUUCACAUGGUCUCUCUCUCCCAGAGGAAUCUUUUCCCUUACUCAUAAGGCUUCUUUAUGUCUGGGUAAGGAAAUCGAGGCAAACUUCUUCAGUUGUUAAUUCUGCUGUCAAUGUCCUGGUAGACCUUCUAUCUCGACAAUCUCAUUUUGAAAAAAAUGCCCUUUUCAUAUCUGAGGGGAUUUUACUUCUGGGCGCCCUUGCUUUCCAAUCUUCUGCAUCCGAGAAAUCCAAAAGUAUUUGCUUGGACUUGCUCUGUAAGUUUCUGGAAGAGGAUAUCAGAUUUGUUUUCUCAUCUGAUGAGAUGGCUUCCGUUGCACUUGCGGGCGCUGGUUAUGCUCUCUCUUCUCCACUGAAAAUAUGUUUCAGAAGAAUUCUAGAGAUUUUGCUCUGCUUUUGGGGCAGAGGUGGUCAGAUCGGCGUUUCUCAAGGGCUGAUGCUAUUGCAUCUGAUGGAGUGGGUUGUAUCUAAUAUCUUGAGGUCACGUUUUGUGGAUAAAAUCGAAAUUUUGAGAGACGUUUUGGAAAAUGCUGAGCCUGCAUAUUCUUCGUAUGCUGUGAUCAUGGCUGCAGCUGGUGUGCUGAAGGCUGUAAAUAGAUCUGGAACAAGUGGUUUCAUGUAUCUUUCGAAUUGUGCAGAGGAACGAAUUGAAAUUGUGGCACGGAGUUUUGUCCCCCGAAGUAGAGGUUUUGAUUAUGAUGAAAAUAAACCUGGGGCUAACCUUCUUUUGCAUUUUAUGGCAAUAGCUUUAUCCCAGAGUGGUUCAGUUUCUCAUAAACCCUCGUUUCUUAUCUCACUUGCGUUGGCACUGUUGACUGAAGUGUUCCCUUUGCAGCAUUUCUAUAACAAAAUUCUUAGAUUUCCUGACGAAAAUCGAGCUGCGGUACUUGAUGAGAUCAAUGGGCAUCUGAGUAGCUUCAUCUUCAAGGAAGCAGGAUCGAUAACGGGUGUGUUUUGUAAUCAAUAUGCAUCAGCCGAUGAUGACAGCAGAAGCACGGUGGAGAAUCUCAUAUGGGAUUACUGUCAGGAAGUUUAUUCAUGGCAUAGGCAGACAAGGGUGCUGCUUGUUGGAAGGGCAGAUAAUCUAAUCCGAGAGAUAGAGAAAAUUGCUGAAUCUGCAUUCCUUAUGGUUGUAGUUUUUGCAUUGGGAGUAACAAAACAUAGAUUUGGCCCAAAUAUAGACCGAGAAAGUCAACUUGAAAUCUCAUUAAGAGUAUUGAUCUCGUUCUCUUGUAUGGAAUAUUUUCGUCGGAUGCGUUUGCCCGAGUAUAUGGACGCAAUUAGAGCAGUUGUCGUAAGCGUUCAGGAGAAUGAAUCAGCUUGUGCCAAAUACAUAGAGUCUAUGCCUUCCUAUGAUGAUGUGAUCAAUAAUCACGGUUCUUCCAACUUCCCAAAAUCAGACUAUCUGUGGUCCAGUGAUGAGGUUCAGACUGCCCGUAUCAUAUUUUAUAUGCGUGUUAUUCCUACUUGUGUUGAUCGUUUACCAGCAUCAACAUUUAAGAAAGUGGUAGCUCCCACUAUGUUCCUAUAUAUGGGGCAUCCCAAUGGGAAAGUUGCCAGAUACACGCAUUCAGCCUUUGUGGCUUUCAUGGCUUCUGGGAAAGAUCCUACUCAUGAUGAAAGAGCUUUACUGAAAGAGCAACUCGUCUUUUAUUACAUACAGAGAUCGUUGGAGGGAUUUCCUGGUAUUACACCAUUUGAGGGAAUGGCAUCUGGAGUUGCUGCACUCGUUAGACAUCUUCCGGCUGGUAGUCCGGCAAUAUUCUGUUGCAUUCAUAGUCUUGUCGAGAAGGCCACUAGCCUCUGUAGCACAAUCAGCAGGCAUGAUAGCCAUGUCUGGAAAAACUGGGAAGGAGAGUUGGAGCCUCCUAAAAAGUUGCUAGAUCUGCUUUUACGGCUACUCUCAUUAGUUGAUAUACAGGUUCUUCCAACUUUGAUGAAGUUAUUGGCCCAGCUGAUCGUGCAGCUACCUCUGAAUGGCCAGAAUUCGCUCCUUAAUCAACUGUAUCAACAAAUUGCUGAUUCCGAUGAUGUCAUACGAAAACCUGCUCUGGUUUCCUGGGUGCAGUCUUUAUCGUAUCUUUGUUCUCAGGGUGCAAACAAGAAAAAUUCUUCAUUAAGCUCGAUAAGCAUGAACAGGAUUAGUUCCCGGCUCUAGAUGUAGAAGUGGAGACUGCCAGGCGCCUGUUCUUUGGGCUCGAUCAACUGUAUGUGGGCUAUGACAAGAACUCGACUCUCCUAGCAUGAAGGUGGAUAAAUAUAAUUUCUGCCCAGUCUUAGUUUCCCACGGAUAUCAAUGUUCUGUUGUGUCAUGCUGUCUGGGUGUCCAGAAGUCUAUUGGAGCUGACAUAAGAAGUAGAGUUUCAGAUAGCAUAGAACACUGGUUAUAUUUUAUUCAGCUUCAGCCAUUUUUUAGAAUGCAAAUUGUUGUAUACUUGCAGUUAUGUCAAGUAAUAGAAACUGUGAGAAAUUAAACCAAGUGUUACAUAAAAACUCAGCAUGACCCGAAAAGAAAAAUCAGGGCCUCCAAGCCCGUGUGACUCCUCUGCUUCUUAUGUCGCCCAACGAAGGCCCGAUUGUUGGCUGUGUCCACUUACAUGGUGAUCACGGCGUUGAUUAGCCCGUUGGGCCUGGAGGAAGUCUUGGCCUUCUCUUGUUAAGUAUUGGGCUAGUGAGAAGGAAAUGGAGGCAUAUUAUGAGGAUUGAGCAUAGUAGGAAAGCCUUGAUGGUGAUAUAGCCAUUGGGACUGGGUUCUUGUGUUCAAGUGGCCUCAAUGACUCCAUCCAGACUUUCUUUUAUUCUCUGUUGGUUGUUUGGCAGUCUUGUGUGGUAGUUUGUUUUGCUUAGUUUGGUUUGUUGGUUUGGUGUACUCCGAAGGGCUCAAAUCUUUGUAUUUGCCUUAGGUUUACAAGUAACUAGUGUAGUGCGUGCUCUUUUAGUUUGCUUGUAAGGCUAGUUUGCCUCCGAUUGUAAAAUCUUUAAUUUGUUUUUAUGAGUAUGUCUAUCAGGUUUGGGCAUGUCACAU